CAUUACAAUAGUUGCACUCAGCCGGGAAAGAACAGAUGUUGACAUGAUUAGCAGACGUUACAACUAGGGUCUGCCCAAUUACCAAAAACUAUGAGAGGGACAGAGGCCAAGGGAGAGAACUCAAGAUGGUAGGCAGAGCAGUUGACCUAUCAUCUCAGUUCUGUAUCACCAGUCAUGUUGGAACAUAACACUAAGUACCUGUGCCCACGCUUGGUGGACUACAUCAUAAUCGUGGGCAGCAGGCAUCCGAAUCACAACAACAAUGUUGCACAAACACCAGAGCUUCUACGCCGCUAUCCACUGGAGGAUCAUCAAGAUUUCCCUCUUCCACCAGACAUUAUAUUCUUCUGUCAACCAGAAGGCUGUAUAAGUGUAGGUCCGAAGCGUAUGAGUCUAAGGGAAACAACUUCAUUUGUAUUUACUCUCACAGAAAAAGACAGUGGAUUAGUUAGGUAUGGCAUUUGUGUGAAUUUUUUCCGACCAAUUGAAAAGAAAUAUUCAGAGAAAUCAAAGUCGGAACGUUUUUAUGGAGGAAGUACAGAUGGAAAUACAUUAGGUAUUGGCAUUGACUCAGAUGGUCGCCAAAGGUCACCAAGAACCUGUCGUAGACUCAAAACAGCGGGACGAGUAAGAAACAAUACUCUCACUUCAUUAUGUAUCGUCAGUCAUCAUCCCUUCUUUUCAACAUUCCGAGAAUGCAUGUUUAUAUUAAGAAAGCUUGUAGAUUCAUGUCAUGACCGAAGCUGUACAAAGAGAAUUGGUGGAUCUCGAGGCUCUUCAAGAGACACAGUAUGGGGUGUGCUGACAGGACAAGGCACAGACAACAUCACAGGGCUAGUGAUGCAUGAGGUUAAGGAAAUAGAGACUUGGAUUCUACGACUCCUGAGUGCACCUGUUCCAGUGCCGGGCAAGACACGAGUUGAAGUACAGGUGUUGCCAAAGGAUUUACAGCCUCCUUUGUUAUUUGCUCUGCCAGACCACACCCGGUUCUCUCUCAUCGACUUCCCCCUCCACCUUCCCCUGGAGCUCCUUGGUGUAGACACCUGCCUUAAAGUUCUGGCUGCUAUAAUGCUGGAGUACAAGGUGGUGAUGCAGUCCCGGGACUAUAAUGCCCUCUCUAUGAGUGUGAUGGCAUUUGUGACCAUGCUCUAUCCCAUGGAGUAUAUGUUUCCUGUUAUCCCACUAUUACCUACCUGUAUGUCUUCUGCUGAACAGUUGCUGUUGGCGCCAACUCCCUACAUUAUAGGCGUACCUGCCAGUUUCUUACCUUACAAAAAUGGUUUUAAGGUACCUGAUGAUGUUUGGCUGGUGGACUUAGAUUCAAAUAAGAUGACAAUGGGAAGGCUUGAAGACAUCCCAGCAUUUCCUGAGCCAGAAGGCACCAUGCUGAAAAACCAUCUCAGACAGGCUUUAGCAAGUAUGAGUAUGACACCACAACCAAUCAAAAACCUGGAUGCCCUUGCUCAGAAUCCAGACACCAUGAAAAGACGGGAAAGUUUCUCAUCGCAAACGGGGUUCAACCCACUGAUUUAUGGAAAUGAUGUCGAUUCUGUUGAUGUGGCUACACGUGUGGCAAUGAUAAGGUUCUUCAAUUCUUCAAACACACUUGGAAAUUUCACAGAACACACAAGGACGCUGCGACUUUACCCUCGACCAGUGGUGGCCUUUCAGAUGUACAGCUUCUUAAAGUCACGACCGUCACGCACACACUUUACUGCUAGACUGGCACGCACACAGGCUGUUGAGUACUAUGCAGAAUGGUCACUUUGCCCUAAGAAUGUGGUAUUCCUUCGAGUACAAACAUCAGUAUUUGACCCUCUGCUGAUAGGGGACAAGCCAAAAUGGUACGCACACCAGUUACAGAGCUUGGAAUUUAAAGUCUAUGAUGACAACUCCUCACUUGGUGCAGCUGUCACCUCCUCCAUGGACAUUGUCAGCGAUGACAACCCUACAGAUGAGAGUGGCAGUGACAGUGAUGGAGCCGAGAGUACCAGUUCGUCUUAUUCUUCACUCAGUGAUUUUGUCACAGACAUGGUGAACAGUGAAAUAGAUGGAGAGCCACCUUGUUUUGUACCAGAAAAUCAAGUGUUGUCCGUUGAUGAAUCCAAGGUUUACACACCUCCGAACAAGCUUCACCUACCAGACACUCCAGUAACCACUAGUGAUUCAGCAUUUUCCAUGCAGGAAAGUGACCUGAGCAGCUCAGAAUCCUCCAGUCCCACUUACAGCAGGGAGAUCCCUGGGUCAGAGCGAAUCUCUCACGUGCUCGAUAAUGGGGUCAGUCAUAGUUCAGAACGGAUCACACAGGUUGACAACAAGGUUGCUCAAGAUCUGUUCAAGUAUGACUCGGGGAAUGUGACCCCUACCAGCAGAUAUAUGACCAGUCGUUCAGAGAGUGUAGGAUCAGCCAACAGUACACCAGAGUUACCAAAGCGACCGCCAUUGCAGCCCCUCUCUCGUAGCAUCAAUUCUGCAUUUGAAGCAUAUGAGAAAGCACCUGCAUACCGAUCCCUGGACAAGAACAAUCCAGCAUCAGGGGUGGAGGGUAAGAGUGCACCUAAUGGAGGAUCUCGGCCUCGCCUUCCCAGUGUCCCAGGGCAGCAGUCAAGACAUCUUAGUCCUGGCUUUAAGACAAUACCUACAGACAAAGACAACCAAUCAGAUCGUGCCUCCACACCUUCUUCUCUGAUCUCAACUAUUAGUAACGAGCUCAACGACAUGGCACAAUCUGCCUCCAACACUAUGUCCGAACUCUUUGAAUCAGAACAAGAAGGCUCAACUAGAAGUCCACAAUCUCACAGUCAGAAACCUACCAAACCAUUUGCUCCUCUAGGAAAUCGUAAGGCUUUAGUGGAGAAAUCUGGCCUUGUGAAGCAUGCCACUCCCCGAAAACAGAAGGAUGCUUCUAAACAGACAGGCUCUGACUCCAGGGGUGCAUCCAAUAGUGAGAAUCAACAGUUCCUGAAGGACAUUGUUACAAAUGUACUUGAUGGACAAGGAGUCAGCUGGCUGAAACUUGGACGCAUACGGCGACUAAUGGAGGAUGAAAACUAUCGUAACUUUAUUGUGAGCAGACUGAACAAAAACCUGGACAAGAAACUGAACGAUGACACGCAGCACCUGGAAGAUGUAUCAAUGACAAAGCAGGUAUUCAAGGGCAUGAUGACCUUGAUGAAGGCCAUUGUACAUGGGCUGGAGCAUACUUACCAAAAUCAUGGACUAGGAGGGAUGGCCAGUGCUUACAUGGUGCUGGAAAUUGCUCACACUCACUACUGGGCUAAGGAGAUCAUUCCUGGUACUGGCAGCAGUAACCGUAGUGACACCAGUGUUACCCCAGAGAUCAACUCUCCGUAUGGCAGUCACGAGAGUUUGUCGUCACGCAGUGAAGAUUCUCCUCAGAAAUCAGAGUCCCACAGUCUGCAUGAAGAACAUAUGGUUGCUGCCCUUGGGUCUCCGGUACUGGUGAAUGGUGAAGAGUUUGAGAACAUCGAGAUCCAGUCUCUACACCAGGGAAAUGUUGAUGCUAGCCACUCUACUGUGAUCACAUCCGGGAGACAUCCUCUACAGGUAGACCAGAACAGGAACACUGCCAAGUCCAACAACCCCAAUAAGUGUGACAUCAUCAUCACAUCAGGAACAAGCUCUGAUGCUGUCAUAUCCUCCAAUUCUGAUGUCAUGCACCAGAUGGUGAAAAAUAAAGACUUGUUUGCAGAUAGCGGUGGAAAGCGUUUCAGUGUUGACUCGGAAAAUUCAGAGGCAAGUACCCUGAUGUCUAGCAGCUCAGAAACAGUGGGGGAGGAUGAAGGGCAGAGGAAAAAACGGAUAAACCAUCACUCCAUCAGGAGCACUUUGUCAGAUAGCGAGAUGGAAAUGUCUGGGAUGGUGAACUACACCAAGAGAACACGAUCUCCCAGUACCUUCAGCAACAAGAGCAGUCUGAGUUCUGGGUAUCGUUACCCAGAAGGCAAGAUGUUGAGUACAUCACCGCUUCCUCUCAGUCCAGAGACGUCACGCAUGUACCUGUACGAGGGUCUCGUCACCAAGGACAGGUCACGACUGUGGGACCAAAUGCAGUUCUGGGAGGAUGUGUACCUUGAUGCCGUGGCACAGGAGCGUGACAUAAUUGGCAUGGACCAGGGACCUGGGGAGAUGAUGGAGAGGUAUAACUCCUUAGGAGACAGUGAAAAGAAGCGCCUUGAGCAAGAUGAGGAUCGCCUCUUGGCCACUAUGUUAUACAACCUGGCCAGUUUUAUGGUCAUGAUGCGCUGCAAUAAGCAGGAGAUGAGGAAGAAAGUGCGACGUCUUCUCGGAAAGUCUCACAUAGGCCUUACAUUUAGCACUGAGGUCAAUGCUAUAUUGGACCAAGCAAUGAGUAUGCAUGGAAAUGACAUACCCCUGAAGCCAAUGGGAAGCCGUUUUAUGCAGAAACAGUCUUUCACUGUUCAUUGGGGAAGUGAUAACUCAGGGGACAUGCUCUUCAUGGAGGUUUGUGAUGAUUGUAUUAUUCUGCGGAGUGUGAUGGGAGCCAUCUGUGAUCGUUGGUGGUACGAAAAACUUGUCAAUAUGACAUACUGUCCUAAGACUAAAGUUCUAUGUUUGUGGCGUAAACAUGGUGAAAAGGUUCAACUCAACCAGUUCUACACUAAAAAGUGUCGAGAGCUGUAUUUCUGUGUCAAAGAAGCUAUGGAGAAAGCUGCUGCUAGGAACAAUGGGAAAAUUGCAGGUCCAGAAUUGGGAGGGGAAUUUCCUGUACAGGAUUUGAAGUCUGGUCAAGGAGGCCUACUACAAGUGUGUAUGGAGGGAAUCGGGCUCCUCUUAGCCAAUAGCAAGUCAUUUAUUGAGCUAGGUCGAAUCAAGAAAUGUUUCACGCAGAAAGGCGGCAUAUUUGUUCUAGAGGAAUUUGAUACCAAAAAUCGGCAAGUAACGUUACACAAGUUCAAGUCCAGGAUGGCUGACCAAAUCUGCUAUGCAGUCCUGUGUGUGUUUUCUUACGUUGCUGCAGGAAUGGAACAACAACAACAACCACAAACCUCCUUGUUCCCUCUGCCUACACAACAGAGAAAGCAGACCUGAUCGACCAAUCAAACCUAAGCUUUAAUCCAGUAUUUUAAUUGCUCACGUUAUUUGGACCAUGGUGUGGUCGAAUUGUUUGAAAAUUAUGUUUGUCAUAUACAAAAACGAUAUCCUUCCAUUGACAGAGGAACAUUUUCCCCCGUCCUUAACGAAAAAAUAUAUCAUCAUACAAAUUUUUAGCGGUGAAAAGGGUAACAGUAUAUUGGAUAUGCAUGUGCAUCACAAUACAUACCAAAGAUAAGUGUUCACAUUUCGUUGCAUAUUUAACUCUUCAUACAAAAUAUUUUUCUUAUUAAAUGCAUAAGAGUCCUAUUGAUAGGUUUACAUUACAUGAUUUUUAUGUGAAUUUUACGAUACUGCUGUUGUAAGGCCAAAAACUCCAAAUUUUGCAGGCACACAAGUUUUAAAAUGUUAUGGAAUAAAUAACAAAUUUUUAGAAUGUAAAAUAAUCUACAUCAGUGUGGUGCAGCUUCAUAUUGUGUAUGAUGAUAUUCGAUUGAUUGAUAUGCUAUGAAUAGAAUGGUUAACUUGUAAAGAAAUAUAUAUAUAAAAAAUAUUUUUAUAUUUCAAAGAAAAUGGAUAUUUUGCUUCUAAAUCUCUACGAAAUGAAAUUUAUUUUCCUAAUGCUGAUAUAUAUAUGUUAAGUUGCCAACUUUUUUGUUUGGUUUGAUUGGUUGUGAUGGCCAUUGUUGUGAAGGAUGCCAUACCUUUAAUUAGUCCUACAUUGUAUUGUGUGUAGACUAGCAAGGCUUAAGAGGGAACCUUGUGUAGGUCAUAAAGGCGUAUAGUUGUGUUGUUCUAUAAAUGAUGUGAUGUGGUACACUAGGAUCUGCGGGCAGUCAGCGACUUGUGGAGAUGCGCUUGUUUCAUCUGUGAUACAGAUUAAUCACAAGCUGCUUCUCACUUUUGAAGUCUAGAGGAACAAAUAUAUAUUAGUAUAAUCCUGCUAUAACCUUUCAUAUAACAUCGUGAACAUUGGUGAUAAAAAUAUUUAGCAUAAUAACCAACAUAAUAUGCUUUAAAAGUGACAUUUUGAUACAAAAUACAGAAUGUGAAAUAAAUCUGUACGAACUUGUGAUGCUUUGACAGAUGUGUAGUAGAUAAAAAAAGCUACAAAAUGCCUAGGUGAUGUUGAACGUGUUCGUUCCGUUACGAUUUGUUAAUACCUUUGUACAGUGUUAACCUCCCUGAUCAUGCGUUGUCAUGUGAUCCCGUGUCUUAGGUCAUGUGAUGGCCAAUUCUUAUGCCAUGUGAUAUACGUGAAGAUCUUGUGAUAUUAAAUAUGCAUAUUAUAUCACAUGAUAUAACCAUGUUUAUAUCAUUUAUAUGAGAAAUCUGUGACAUAAGUCAUUUGCCCAUCAUGUAAAAUUCAUUUUUGUUUGUUCACCUUUUAUUUUGGAUUCAUCAACACGUUAGUGUUCUAAUUCAUUGUAGCACUGUCCAAUAUACUCGUCAGCGAACUGGUACAAAUUUGCUACAGUAAACUUUCAGAAUUUUAUGGUUUAAAUGUCGGGAGAACGUUGUCGAGGAAACCAGACACUAAAGAAAUAUAUAAAUGCAUAUACAAUGAAAAGUCUAUAUAAUGACCAUCAUGAUUGGACAGUAUUACAACUGAUUGGAGUGCUAACAAAGAUGUGACAUUGAUUGUGGUAUUUCUCGUUACAAUGCUGUACGUCUGAUCACACCUCCGGUGAAUCACGACCUGUUAAUUAGAUCUGUUUAAUGGUUUAUUUAGGUCCCGUUACAUUGUUGUAAAUACCUAUACCGAUAUGACUUUGUAGGAAUUAUACCAUUGUACAUUUUUGUAUAGAAUUGUUCUGAUGUCCCGUAGUUACCAGGUACUCACCUUAUACCUUGGAAUCUGUUUAAGUUUCUUCCUAUUGGUUGACGUGUAACAAAUGGCGACUGAAGGAAUUUAACACUUUCCUUUAUCCAAAGGUACCGCCAUCUUGAUAUCUGGUGAUGAUUUGUUUGAUAUUUUACACUAUAUACACAGCUACUAAUUGAUUCCAAAUACAUUUAACUCAUCAAUUUUCUUAGCAAGUUAUAACUGUAUAUUUGCAUUUGAAUGGAUUAUUUACCACUAAUUACAUGAAAAUGGCGCUAUCCCAUAAGGGAGAAAGAUAUUUACAGGGAAACCUGUUGUUAUUCAAACACUACAAAGUGGUAUCAAGUUAUAGAUGGUUUGAUAUUAUACCCAAAAAGUAUUGUUAUUGGCUAAUGGUGGUUAAGUAUUAAAGUAUUGAUUAUGUGUUACUGUCUGCAUCGAUAUAGGAUUGUACAGUGUUAUAAAGACUACAAACACCUUGCCAAUUUUUUUUAACUAAACAGACACGAUAAAGAAUCCCUAGGGGAAUGUCCAUGAUUCCACAAUACUCAGCAAUGCAUUCUGAUGGUGAGAUAUGAUUUUAUCAUGAAAACAUACUGUAAAAGGCUCAUCAAUUUUAAUUAUUACCAAAAGGUACUGUUCUAGAAAUACAUUGUAACAAUCAAUUCAUUUGAAAGUCGAAAUGAUAUAGAUUCAAACAUAAUCGACCUAGAACGUCCUGAAAACGAGAAAUAGGAAAUGUAAUGUUUGUGUGUGUUCCAAUGGAGGGUUACAGAAAGAUAGUUCCUUGAUAUGAAAUCCAGCAACAAUGUUCUUUGUUAGGAUGCGAUUUACCUAUGAAAUCCAGCUACAUAUGUCAGUUGUAGUAUACAUUCAUACGAAAUCCAUUUGCUUAUUGCAGUGCAAGAUAGCCACACGAUAUACAGGUAUUAUUGUUUGAUUUGUGAAGUUCCUCCUUGGUAUCUCGUAAUUCCAUUCCAUGAAAUCCUAAGUCUACGAAAUCCUCCUAUCUUUGUUUUAAUUCCUUCUUUACGAAUGUAAAAUGUAUAUUGUGUAUGUAUAAUUGUGAUAUGAAUGCUUAGAUUGUGUUUUUAGCUAGACAGUGUUUUCUUUCAUUGGAAAAUCAUUUUAGAAUUGAUCGAAUGGCAAGCGAAAAGGGAAUAUACUUGAAGAAUAUACACUGUUGAUACAUACAAUGGAGAAUUGUAUAUCUGAUAAGAAAAAAUAAGUUUGCCCAGUUUUUCUGACAAGUCAUGUGCAAUGUUCUCGAAAGAAAGAAAAGUGAUACCGCUGGUACAUUAGUAUUUGAUAUUGAAGUUGAUUAGUGAAAUAAGGCAUGAUCAUAAUAUAACUGGAAGUGUUGUCAUACUAGGUAUGUGUUCUUUUGUCCAAUUAUUUUAUCCUGUAAUAAAUCAUUCAAACUUGCUGCACAAUUAUGGCGGACCUCUGAGAUUGUCUCGAUUUUAACUGUUGAUAACUAGGUGGGAGAGUUUCAGGAAAAUUGGUUUGAAAACAGGAUUAACACUUGAAUAUGAGGAUGGUUUGGUGAAUACGCUUUUAGUCAUCUACAAUCUUGCCAAUAGUGGGAUACAUGACAAUAUCAAGGAAACUCGUAUUGUGUUUAAGAAGGUCAAAAGGUCAACACAUUGCCAUCAACACACAACACGGGAAGUAUUGUUUAUUGUAAAACACAUUCUUUUGAAUUAAAAAAAAUAAUAGGAGAGAAAAAGGCCAAAAGUCAAAAAUGUAUCUAACCGUUACAUUUCAGUACUAAAAUAGGUAUGAUGUCAGCUUUUGACGUGUGUAGUGAUCACCUUUACCCAAGAUCGGGUGUUGAUACUGUCACCAGUCUUAACAAAAGAAAUUAAACAGAAUAGGUACAUGUAGAUACUGGUUACGGUAUAAUAUUACAACACAAUGUAGAACUAGCCAUAGGAUAUGCACAUGCUUUCAGUACCUACCUGUAAUACAAAAAUAUCGUAAUUCUACAAUUUUCUACAAUGUGAUAUUUUGUAGAUAGAAUGCAGACCUAUGUUAGGAAAAAUUACGUUACACGUGCAAUAAACUUAAGUUAUUUUAUUGAGAAUAUAUGCUCUUAGACGCA